ACUAGGGGGGGAGCACUGGGGGCACGUGCCCCCCCCUUUAGACCAAAAGGUCCGCUUUUUAUCACCAUUUGUUGCUUGAAAAAUAAAACAAUGACUCCAAAAAAGUCCCCGAAAAGAUCGAAAACUGACUAUUUAUCAGAGCAAAAGGUCCGCUUUUUAUCACCAUUUGUUAAUUGCUUGAAAAAAAUAAUGUAAAAAAAUGAAAACCUCGUUUGUUAUCUUGUUUAUUCACGUUAUGUUUUGGGUUACCUGUGGUCUCAACCACAGGAGACUUGUACUAGAGCAUGCGCGCGAUCGACUAGUUACUUGCAGCCAUUAUAAGAUCACUGCAUGUCCCGGUCCACACAUGCCGUUAAAUGACCUUCCAGAUCUAAUUUUAUUUGAAAUCUUUAACUUUUUGACGACAAGUGAAAGAAKUACUCUACGUUGUGUGUGUCGAAGGUGGAACAUUUUGUUAGGAUCAGCUCAGGUGUGGUCGUGUGUUGAUUUCUCAAACAAACGAGAAUUAAGUUUGAAAGUCUUGGAAACAUUUGUCUUUCCCGCUACAAGGAAGCUAUUUGUUGACGAGUGUCAUGUACUUAAAUGGAGAGACAUUUGCUUGACCUUGAAGCAGUGCAGAAAACUUGAAGUUUUAUCAUUGUCCUGGAUAGGGUAUGUGAACGAGCCACAGAUACCUAUUCCACUCGAUUUCGUGAAAUUGAAGAUAGGACACUUGAGAUACUUGAAUGUAAGCCACUGUACACUGUCUGACAGAUUUUUUAAAGACAUUGCAACAAACUGCCCUCACUUAUCAGUAUUUAUCCUUUUGGGGAGUUGUGGUAUAUCGGAAGAAGCUUUCAAGUCCUCCACCUUCAAAAGUCACACUUCCCUGAAGUUGAUCAAUGUUGCCUAUGUGACGAAUGCUUUACGAUUAUCAUGUGUGUUGGGGUUGUUAGAAUAUAGAAACAAUAGCGUCCUUCUAGAUGUCACUGGUCAUCAUAUUAGUGACGAUGAAAUGAACUUGAUUCACCCACAAGCUUUUGCUAGAAUCGUGGAGAUUGACGAUUACUGUCACUUGUUGUAUUGACAAAUUAAUUCCAAAGACUG